UUUCAGGCUUUCACCCUUACGCGAUAGCGCAUAACCACAUCUAGCAUGCUCACCAUGUAGCCGGGCUCAUACCAGUGAUCAUAGACGACUGUAGCAGGUCUGUCACCUUUCACUGGUCAGACUACCAUGCCACCGCCCUCAUCUCGACUGUCAUAUCCCCCCGACAAUGCCUCUAUGUUUCCCACCUCGCCAACCGCCUCCCGGGGAACCAGGGCUUCCUCCGUCUUUCCGUACACUCUCGCACGGCCGCCAACUAAUUACUCAGAAGCGUCAUGGUUGGCAAAGACCUCAGCCCGACCUCAUCCGUCCAACCCGCCGCUGCCUCGAAGACUCACCCCUUCGAAUACAGUCCAAGGCGAAGACCCAUUUACCGACGGCGAAACACCUCUCUAUGCACGAUCAGACUGGGCAGAUGACGCGACACCUCGAGCGGACAAACACCAAGAAGAACGACAGCUCGUCCGAUCUCCAUCAUCUUUUCGUCAGAAUCAGGCUGCAUUAAUUGCCUCAGAGUUCAAAGAUGGCGAACCGUCAGGUGCAGGUACGCUGUGGUCUCGUAGCAGUUACGCUGGGGACAUGACCACCUCGCGUUUCACGCCUGGUCCCGGUGCAAAAGCCCUCGGAGGGAUUCUGGAGGAAGAUGAGGAAGAAUCGCCUGCAUAUCCUGCUUAUACGCAAGACGGGCCUGUCGCCUCGCCCGAUAUCAUGUCGCCUCUGCCCGCUACUCCAUGGACAGCAGGCGCAGCACACAGGCGCUCAGACAGUGGCCCGAAUCGGUCUUCUAGGUACUCUCCCUCUAGGUCCGUCUCGUCCUUACCUCAAGUCGUCGCUACGCCCAUACUGGCGAGGAAGCAUCAGGGGCAGGUGACCCCUGUCUCUGAACCUAGGCCUGAACACAUCGCGCAACGCAAGUCGACGCUCCCUUCUGUUUUGGACCUGGAACACAUCACUGGAGGCGGGCUUUCUCCUGAUGCAUUUGCCGAUCGAUUCCAACAACAGCAGGUUUUGCGUCACGGCGUCCCUCGCCACUCUGCCUUCCCGGCUGUACCUCCUCUUCCAGUGGAAGAGCAACCUGGCGAUACAAACCUCAUGACGGCAGGUGCCCAUCAAAGACUCGGCAGAAUGUCAGUAGCUCCAGCAAGGUACUCCACGACGGGCAGGAAGAAGGGCAAGCGCAAGAGGUCUCUGAUGAAAUCCACAGGAUCGGAUGAACAUGAGAAGUCUCCCCUGAGAAACAGCCUCAGGGUCAGUACAAGGAGCCAAGGCUGGAUGACCAAUCCCAUUGUCCGAUUCUACUUUACUUGGAGGCCAUUUAUGACGGCUGCGCUCACCCUGAUCUCUGCUCUGCUACUCACCAUUAGCCUGCAAAAUGCGCCUUCAAUGAUCUCGCCUUUGGUGAAGGUACAAGCCGGAGCGUUCAAUGUGAGCGCUGCAGACCCACGGCCGGUAGGCCUUGGGGCCAGUGGCUGGUGUCAAUUGGAAGGGGACAGUCUGACGUGCAGAGAGUACAGAUCUGGCGAUUUCGUCAACGCAGGUAGGAGUUACCAGCUGCCUGGAGACUCGCUGCUACCAGCUCUGGGAGAGCUCUACUCAGCUUUGGCAGCUACGACCUGGCUCCUAGCUGCCUAUUCACUGACAGCGUGCUUUCUACAUUUCUACCUCUUCUUUGCGCUGUCUGUCCCUUUCUCGCACCUGAUCGAUGAAUCACACCCGUUGGAUCAAAGCGCACGACUGAAAGUCGAGCGAAAGCUUCUUGACGAACCGCAAGUCAUGUGCGAAAGACCGCCAUAUGAAGGGUAUCUUUGGGUCUGGUGGGCUUGGUGGGCUCAUCGGAAGAGUCCCGUCGGCAUCGUAUUCAGUAUGGCACAAGGAGUCAUGGGGAUGUCCAGUUUCGGGGCCGCUGUUGGCUUCUACAAGGAGGUGGCGGAUGCCACUGUGGCAUCUGAAGUGGCUUUGGGGGGAGGUGCAGUCUUGCCGAUCCUCGUCACGAUACUGUGUUUGGACCCCUUCAUAGCCUCGCUCAGGUGGCUGUUCCAUGCCUCCGACUCAUGGUCGACAUUCCUUCAUCCUCCCGAGCCAUCCGCAGCGGCCAUCAUGCUUCCCUCUCGUGGCAGAUUGGAACACGUCCGCCCCACAUCCGACCGGUCCUCCUUCUUUGCUCGUCAACCAUCCGCUGUGCCAAUCAUGACAACCUAUAGCGCGGCACAAGGUUUUGGCGAAGUAGAAAUCCCAGAGAACCCCGGACAGAUGGAUGAUGAGACUCGACGAUGGCUCGCAGCUUACCCUUCUGAUCCAGAGCUUGUGGAGCUCAUCGCCUCUCUGCAAAGCGGACAGGAGAAUGAUGAUUUCCUCCUGUCAGAUGUUGGUUUAGUCUACCUUCGACCCGAAACGGAGGAUCAACAAGCCUUGCUUAUGCUCACGCGCCUCUCGAAGAAGCCCUCCAUGAUCUCGAUCAAGUACUUCAUCGGAGGGCCACUGAUGUAUUGGCUGAAUUGAACGAGACAUUCUGGUGGAUGGGAAUGCAGGAGGACGUUGAACAAUACGUGAAGACUUGUGAGGAAUGCGCUAGGAGGAGAAUCGAGUUGAAACCUGGCAUGACUGCCGUUCCGUUCACCGGUAUCACUGGAUGG